AUGAAUCUUGGUGCUGCAGAUGUUUAUCUUGCUGGUACUGUUAUGUUGAUUUUCGGUAUGGGCUUAUAUGGAUUGUUCAUCAGCAACACACCUCCUGAUGUGUCAGCUUCUGUCGACCGUGCCCUUAAAGGAUCCUCUCUCUUUGGAAUGUUUGCUUUGAAGGAGAGGCCGAAGUGGAUGAAAAUAAGUUCACUUGAUGAAUUAAAAACGAAAGUGGGGCAUGUAAUUGUAAUGAUUCUUCUUGUAAAAAUGUUUGAGCGGAGCAAAAUGGUUGUAAUUGCCACAGGAUUAGACUUACUUAGUUACUCAGUAUGUAUUUUCUUGUUAUCAGCAUCUUUGUAUAUUCUUCAUAAUCUACAUAAGCAAGAUUAG